AUGAAGUUUGCCGACUCCCUUAGGUUCAACAUCGUCCCUGAAUGGAGAGAUGAGUACUUGGACUACGAAUCUUUGAAGGAAGAAAUCUACAACCUUGACACCAAAAUUGUCAACGGAAAAUUGGGGAAGCUCGAGGCCGAGGAACAAUUCUUGAAGUCGUUGAACAAGCAAUUGGAAAACGUGGAAAGCUUCUACUCCGCUCAAUCCGAUGACGCUUUUGAAAAAUACCGGGCCUUGGCCGAGGAGUUGAAAGCCAAGUUGCAUCUCGACCUUGACGAAAACACCACCCAAUCAAGCUCGAGUGAUGAAAAGGUGAGCGCCCUGGGAGAAUAUGAUGAUAGUGAAGAAAAAAGAAUUGAUGACGAUGAUGACCCAGAACUAUACAUUGAAAACACCACUAUUGGAAUCGAAAAGAAUGAAAAGAAUGAAUUGCAAAAGUCUAUCACCAACCAAUCUGUCCUUUCCCAAAAUUCAAUCCUUAAGAACUCUUCUUUGAUGACCAAUAUUAAUGAAAAGACUUUUGAAACCGAAGGAGCUAUAAUUUCUUCUAAAAAGAAGAUCACUGAGGUUUUCAUUGACUUGUCCGAAUUGAAAUCUUAUAUUGAGUUGAACAAAGUCGGAUUUUCCAAAAUUACCAAGAAGUUGGAUAAGACUAUCAAUGUGGUCACCAGAGAACCAUUCAUUGAAAAACUUGAAACUGAAACUCUUGUGUUUGACCCACAAACUAUGGAAGCCAUCGAUUUGAAAAUCCAUAAUUUGUUUGCUGCUUAUGCCAAUUUGUCCAAUCAAACUAUAGAAGAAGUCAAGAAUGAUUUCAAGAUUUAUCUCAGAGAACAAAUCAUCAUGGACAGAUCUGUGGUUUGGAAAGAUUUGUUGAGUUUGGAAAAUAACACCUUUAAAGUAAAAAAGCAAGAUUUGAUGCACGACAAGUCUAAAUUUUUCCAUAUUCCUUUAGGGAAAUUCGAUAUGAAAAUCCCAAGAUGGUUAUUCAACUCGACACUGAUCAGAUUCUACAUUUGCGUUGUGUUUUUCUUUGUUUUGCUUUUUGUCAAGACUUUGAACGAUAGAGUCCAAGGAAGAUCUCUUGCAGUGUUGGCUUGUGCCGCUUAUUUAUGGGCCACUGAAACUAUCCCAUUAUUUGUCACCUCAUUUUUGGUUCCAUUCUUGGUUGUGGUUUGCAAAGUUUUAAAAAAUCUGGAUGGUACAGUGAUGGACGGUUCUAAAGCUGCCAGUUACAUUUUAUCAACCAUGUUUUCAUCAGUGAUCAUGUUGUUGCUUGGUGGUUUCACUUUGGCCGCUGCCUUAUCGAAAUAUAAUAUUGCCAAAAUUUUAUCCUCUUAUAUCUUAUUCUUCUCCGGCAGCAAUCCAAAAAGAGUUUUGUUGGCGAUUAUGGGUGUUGCCAUGUUUUUGUCAAUGUGGAUCUCUAAUGUCGCUGCUCCAGUGUUGUGUUAUUCUUUAAUCCAACCAAUUUUGCGCUCCAUUCCAACUGAAUCACCAGUUGCAACUGCUUUGGUGCUUGGUAUUGCCUUGGCCUCCAACGCGGGUGGUAUGGCCUCUCCAAUUUCAUCUCCACAAAACGUUGUGGCAAUUGAAUCCAUGAAUCCUAGUCCAGGUUGGGGUAAAUGGUUUGCGGUGGCUUUGCCUGUUUGUUUCUUUGAAUUGAUUUUCAUUUGGUUGAUGUUAAUUUUCACCUUUGACUUCAAGGGUCAAAAAAUUAAGGUGGUGAAACCAAUCAAGGAAAGAUUUACUUUUGAACAAUGGGUGGUUUGUAUCACCAGUAUCACCACCAUUAUUUUGUGGUGUGUCUUGACAAAAACCGAGAAUGUUUUUGGUCUGUCUGGCAUUAUUUCAUUCAUUCCUUUCGUGGUGUUUUUUGGUGCUAGAUUGUUAACCCUCAGUGAUUUACAUGCUUUCCCUUGGAAUAUUAUUGUGUUGGCCCAAGGUGGUCUUGCCUUAGGUUCCGCUGUUACUUCAUCUGGGUUGCUUAAGACCGUGGCUAUGUCUUUGAAAGACCGUAUUGAGGACUACUCUUUAUUCUCUGUGAUGUUAAUCUUUGGUAUUAUCGUGUUGGUGUUUGCUACUUUUGUGUCCCACACCGUUGCUACCUUAAUUAUCGUUCCAUUGGUGAAGGAGGUUGGUGAAUCUUUGCCAAACCCAAGACCACAAGUGUUAGUUAUGGCUACCGCUUUACUUGCUUCUGCUGCCAUGGCUUUACCAACUUCUGGUUUCCCUAAUGUUACUGCUGUUGGUUUGUUGGAUGAAAAGGGAAAUAGAUAUGUCAAGCAUAACACCUUUAUUUCUCGUGGGAUUCCAGCUUCCAUUAUUUGUUUCUUGAUCAUUAUUUCAUUGGGUUAUGGUAUCAUGACCGGUAUGGGAUUUUAA